AUGCCCGAGCUUCCCGAGGUCGAGGCAGCUCGGCGCGCAGCGGAGGCGCACCUGGUGGGGCGGCGGGUUUUGUCGGUAGUGGUGGCGGAGGACGACAAGGUGCUAGAGGGGUGCAGCGCGGAGGAAGUGCGCGCGGCGUUGCAGGGGCGCGUGGUGGUGGGCGCGGGGCGCAAGGGCAAGCACCUCUGGCUGCUGCUCGAUCAACCGCCCAUGCCACUCUUCCACUUCGGCAUGGCGGGCGCGUUCGCCAUCAAAGGGGAGAACGUCGUGCGUUACAAAAGGCUGGCAGUGUCGCCAGCAGACGAGUGGCCACCGCGGUUCCACAAGCUCGUGCUGCAGGCGGAGGGCGGGGUGCAACUGGCCUUCACAGAUGCGCGUCGCUUUGGCCGCAUCCGCCUCGCACCUGAUCCGCUGCUGUGCCCAGCUGUGGCGCAGCUGGGUCCCGACGUGCUGCUUUCCUUGCCGGACCCCACAUCCUUCGCUGCUCUCCUGCGUCGCCGCUCACGGGCUGUCAAGGCCGUGCUCAUGGACCAGGUGCGUGGGACUCAUAACCCAGUUAAGUCACCUCGCCCCCUGCAUGCCUCUCCCCCUGCCGCCCCCCCGCCCCAUCAGGUGAUCAGCAAGUCCGUGGCAGUAGACGCGGACAGUGACCGCUUUCCUUCCUCCUGGCUCUUCCACGUGCGCUGGUCCAAGAAACCCGGCUCCAUUGAUGGCCAUCCGCUCAGCUUCAUCACAGUGGCUGGCCGGACGUCAGCCAUAGUGCCAGCAGUGCAGAAGCUGCCUCGUGGGGCCAAAGCUGCUGCGGGGACAGCUGAGAGUGCGGGAGGGAGGAGCCUCAGGAGGAGGAAAGGCGGAGGCGCAGUGGAAACAGAAGCCGACAUGGCAAAUGGGAGUAGCGAAGAGGACGUGGUGGGGAGAAAAGGCUGUGGGGUGAAUGAGGAGGACGAGGAGCAAGAGGAGGAAGAAGAGGAGGGGAAGGAAGAGGUAGAGGCAAAGGAAGAGGAGGAAGAGGAGAAGGAUGAGGAAGAGGAAGAUGGUGGAAUAGCCAGGAGAGGAGGGAAGAGAAGCAGGGUUAAGACCGGGCGUGGUGACGAGACAAGCAGCCAAGCGACAGCGCAGUUAGUCACGUAUGAGGCAGCAUCGGCGUUUCCAGUCAUUGUUUUAGUGACAUUGACUUGUUUGUUUUCGGAGUUGUGCAAUGCGUGUUGGCACUUCCAUGCAAUCUCCCAUCUGCUUUUCCUCCGUUCCCCUCAUGUUUCACGCUUAUCAGCAACAAGCAUAUCCGCGCACGUGCUAUGGCGUCGCCUCGCGCUCGUCGCGUGGUGCCUCGCGUGGCUGGCGAUCGCGGUGUGGACCGCGUGGUUCACGUGGCAAGCCGCCGAUAACCCGCGCAAAGAAGAUCUACGCACGUGGUGCGCGGCGCGAACGCGAUACGUGCACCAGGAGUUUGUGGCCAGCUCGAAUCAAGUCGAGGUUCUGGCGGGACUCGUGAAGGUGUUCAACGGGGUCUCCAACACAGCCAACACGCCCUCCUACUGGGGUCUGGAGGGCGGGAUAACGAGCGCCACGUGGAGCGCGUUCAGCGAGCAGUGGAUUCAACGCAUCCACCCGUGGUCCAUCGCCUCGUGGGGCGUCUUCAUCACCCACAACCAACGGACAAUGCUGGGAAGUGUGGCGUCUGCUUCUCCGCUCUAUGCCGUCUCUGUCUUCCGCUUCCCCGCGCCCUUCGACCUCCCCCCAUGCACCGAUAUCUACUCUUUGCUCGCUGCCAUCAUCGACAAGUUUCUGCUGUCAGGCGAAAAUGUGGCUUAUCCUCCUGUUCUGCUGCCCAACAACCACAUCGGCUUUGUUUACGGCUUCCCGGUAAUCCGCGCUCCGUUGCCGGCGCAUCCGUCCUUGCAGCAAGGACUGGAGAGCAUCGCAGGCGCCAUAGGGGGGGCGAUUGACACGGAGACACUCAUCUCGCACGCCCUUACGGACGUGCUCAACUAUGGCGCCUCAAAGAUCGACACGGAGACGCUCAUCUCGCACGCCCUUAUAGACGUUCUCAACUAUGGUGAGACUCGCCACUCCAGUGCGUGGCGGCUGGUGUGGGCGCCGGUGCUGGUGGCGGUGCUGGUGGUGGUGGUGGCGGUGCUGCUGACGCUCAUCCUGGUGUUCCUCGCACGCAAGCAGGCGGCCAUCACGCGCGCCGUGAGGGAGGUGGAGCUCUGCACUGCUGUGCUCGAGCGCGCCCAGCGCUCCAAGAGCGAGACCAUUGCCAAUCUCUCCCACGAGCUGCGCACUCCCAUCGUGGGCAUGCUAGGCAUGAUGGAGGCACUACUAGAGAGCGACCUCCAGGGGCCGCAGCACCGAGACCUGACAACAGCCAAGGAGUGUGCGUCGGCCAUCGUGGGGCAACUCAACUCCGUGCUCGACCUCGCCAAGCUGCACGCCGGCCGUCUCUCCCUUGAGACUUUGCCGCUCUCCCUGCGCCACUGCGUCGACAUGGUCGCCCGCGACUUGCUUCCUAAGGCUCACAAGAGAGGCCUUUAUUGCGGUGGUAUACCACUGGAGGAGCUGCAGUGGGUGCUGGACCCGGAGGGGCAGGCAGCAGUGCAGGGCAGGGGAGGUGUGCUGCUGCAGCGAGGGAACUCCAUGAAAGGGAGCAUGCAGUCUCCACUUGCGUCGUCUGAGUCUCUCCUGCAUCACUCCGUGGACUUCUGGCCUGCCUCUGCUGCACCACCUCCUCCUCUGCCCUCCUCUGCUUCUGCAUGGGAGCCCUAUCCCGUUCGCUUCCUGCUCUCCACAGGCCUGGUGAAGCUAAUGAGGGGGACCAUGGGAAUAGCAACGCAGUGCCACGUGGGCACCUCCAUCCUCGUCAGCCUGCCAAUGACAGAUUGCCAUCUGUCAGAAACUGGUGCUAUUGUUUCUGGUGGCAGUGGUUCUGCUGGUGGUGCUGCUGGUGGUGAUGCGGUGACAAGCGGGGGUGCGAGUGCAGAGGUGCAGGAGUGGGUGGGUCAUCGCAAGGCCAUCUGCUCGCUUGUGGCGGGCAAGAGAGCGCUGCUUGUAGAUGCCAUGCCGCUCAGAGCACAGGACAGGCAGAGUGGGGGUGAGGCAGGGCGAGCGACAGGGCGGGCAGAGGUGGUGCUGACGGGCGUGAGGGCGGACAGUGUGGAGAGCCAGCAGGCGCGGAGGAUGGGGUUUGCGGCUGUGCUGCCGCAUCCAUGGCUCGUCACGCAUACCGCACACUGCCUUCAGCAUCUAUUCUUUCGUGCUGCAGAGAAACCGCCCGCCAGUCCACAUGGCACCACUCUAGCCACACCCACCGCUGCGUCGUCAGCCACUACACCCACUGCCGCCACUCCCACCGCCUCUGCCUCCCCCACUGCUCCCACCCAACCACCCGCCAGUCGCUCCCCCAGAUCCCCACUCCCCAGCGCCACAGCUGUGCUCACCGCGCUGCUCCAUCCCUCCGACGACCCGCCUGCCGUUGCGGUGCUCAGUCCCUUGGCGCUGCUGCCGCGCGUGGCGCCAGAGGAGGCGCUGAGGGCGCUGGUGGGGCAGCAGGCGGUGGUGGUGGUGGAUGACAAUGCAGUCAACCGCGCCGUGGCCAGAAGAACGCUGCUAGCACUCGGAGCACUCGUGCACGUCGCAGCAGGCGGCUCACAGGCACUAGAAUGGCUGCACUCACAAAUGACUGCUGCCACUCGCGGCGGGAAGGAGGGGCCGGGGCAGCAGCAGCAGCAGCAGCACCAGCAGGCGGAGGGGCAAGGGGCAGAGCGCGUCACUGAGCCGCUUGUGCUGCUGGACCUUCAAAUGCCCGACAUGGACGGGUGCGUGUCGUAG